AUGCGCGCAGAUAAUUUUAUUGCUGUUUAUUCCAAAAACUGUCAAAAUAUAAUUCAAAAAUUAGAUUCCGCGCGUGCUAUUCAAAUUGAAGAAAAUAGAAAAAAAAAAAUUCCUAUAAUUCAAACUAUUGUUUUUUGUGGGAGUCAAGAAAUAGCUUUACGCGGUACUAACGGUUAUGGGCCUUUCUCUUUAGACAACUCUGAACCUAUUUAUAAUGAGGGUAAUUUCCUAACAUUAUUAAGAAUGCGCGUUUCAUGUGAAGAUAAAAAUCUAACGUAUCGCAUUGAGAAUCAAGCAUUAAAUACUACAUAUAUAAGCUCUAUGAUUCAAAAUAAUUUUAUAAAUGUACGUAAAAAAAUUAUACAAGGCCAGUUAGUUUACAAAAUUAAUCAGGCAAAAUGUCUCUCUGCAUUAGUCGACGAGACAACUGACGCGUCACGUGUUGAACAACUGUCUUUAUGUGUACGUUAUUUAGAUAAUAAUUUAAAUAUUGAAAAAAAUGAAAUAAAUAAUUAUGUAUUGAAAGAAGACUUCUUACAAUUUGUACCGGUUAGCUCUACCGGUGGUCAAAAUUUGGCCACAGUCAUUCUAGGAACUUUGAAAAAUCUUGGUAUAACCUGUGACUUACAGGGUGCCGCCACUGGGCGACUUCCCCCUCAUGCCAAUCAUCUCCACAUCACAUUUACUUAUUGUAUUACGUGUAAAUACAGAUUGUAAAUAUAUAUUGUUAGUUAAAUAAAAAAAAAAAAAAAAAAAAAAAAAAACCUGUGACUAUUUACUUGGCCAGUUUCAUUAAUUUGAGCAACUUUUGCGGCGUCGAAGACAGGUCGACCAGGACGCUGGUCAUCGCCGGUGCACUCUCGACCUUUAGAAAAUCAUUUAUGCCACUCAAAAACACGCGCCCGAGACAGGGAAUCCUCACCAUAGGACUCUUUUAACAACUUAUAGCACUCAGUUGGAGUUGUUUUAGUUUAAUGAGAAAUUUUACGUUUAUCCGUUGCUCAUAUUUUUCGUCACACAUCGUUUUCGGCAAGAGAAAAAAACACGUUCGUUUCUAACCGCUGCAGAAAAAAUACUAAUGCACCAACAAAAACCUACUUUUGUACUGACAUAAUAGACACUUCCAGUUAACCAGCGCUGUAUUCGGUUUUCCCCUAACCUCUUUAGGACGCUCUUUGUGCGCGCAGUCUCGUUAUUUCAUAGCCAGACCUCGUAUAUAAACCUGUUUGUUGCAACAUUAGAAGAACUACAAAUAUUUGUAGACAUUGAAACAUCAUCUAAAGCUUAACAGUUAUAUAAGUGUGUAACAACUAGUGGAUUUAUUAUAAGUAUGAUAACUGCGACAGCACUUUUCUCUAUAACUUUGCCAUUAUGUAAGGUAUUGCAGUCAGUAUUUUUUCCAAAUAUUCAUUUUUUAUUAAAAGUACUAUCCACACUUCCGGUUUCUACAGCAACUCCCGAACGAACUUUUUUAACGUAAAACGCGUCAAGACAUGUUUACGAAACUCUACAGGACAAGAAAGACUAACUGGCUAAGUUCUAAUAAGUGCCCAUAGAGAUGUUACGGUUAAUCCCGAAGAAGUGUUAAACCAAUUUGCUCUUCAAAAAGAUAAAAGCAUUUUAUUAGUUUAAAGUAUAUUUAAUUUGUGUUAUCACUUCAUUUUGUUUUUAUGUUUUGUAUAGUGUAAGGUGACAAGAUGUGCAAGUAAUUUUGUACAUUUAAUUAUAUAUUUUAUUAAAAGAAGAUUAAAACUUUUUUGGUCUUAUUUUUAAGCAAGUUUUAAAACCUAAAUUCAGUAAAAUUACAAUUUUAUGUAACAUAUUUUGGACCCUUCCUGUAAUAUAUUGGCUAUAUGUAAACUCCUAUAAAAAUGAACUUUUUACCUGUAUUUAAAACAUAGUGUAAACUCCUACAUAGUCCCUUUUUACCUGCCAAAAAUAGACGGUAUAAUCUCCUACACAGGCCUUUUUACAUUUUAGAUUCUGAGUGUAGCGAAGAAUGUAUAUUGAUUUUACAAUAAUGUUUAUUUGAGAUAAUUGCACUUAAGUGGGAAAAAACGUAAGAUUUUAUGAGUUCAUUAUUUUAAAUUAAUACUCACUACGGUUUAUACCAGAAAUAGUUCUCUGAUGGAAAAAUGAUAAAAAAACGUUUUUUGUUGCAUUUUGGUUAAAUAUUCGUAGAGACUUUCGAAUGUAAAAUACAAUUUAGUAAACAUAUUAAUAUAUGGUAUCAUAUCGGAAAUUUUCGAACAUUUUGAUAACGUCAUUUCCGUAAAUUGGAAAUACAGCAAUCUCUAUCUAGACUAUCUCUUAUUUUUAUAGUUAAUAACUGACUUUUAUUUAUUUUAAUAAUUAGACAAAUUAAAUUAAAUUAUAAUAUUUUGUUUUUAAUUUUUGUAGUUUAUGAUUAAUUUUUACUUAUUUUACUUUUUACAACUUUAAUACUAUCUAGUGUAAGAGUUAGUAAAUAAAUAUGAGUUAUAAAUUACAAAAAAAAAAGAGAUAAUCUAAAGUAAGAGUGUAAGAGUGUAAUCUAGUGUAAGAGUUAACAUUAUUUGCUAUAGAAGUUAACACUAUCUUUUAUAGGAGUUAACACUAUGUCAAUGUAGGAGCUUACCUACUUUUGUAAAAGUUUACCAUCCCCCAAUAUAUUAUUAUUAUUCCCUCAACUGAGUGAUAAUUAAAUACCCAGGUACCGAUAUUAUGUAGACAGUUUUUCACACAUUUUUGUAAUAUUAUAGAUGGCAUAAUAAAAGAUAACUUAAAUCAAAUAAAGUAAAUAAAAUAGGUUCCUAUUAUACUUAAUAUAUAAGUACCUAAUUAAAAAUACUUAUACUUAUUAUACUUAAUAAUUUACCAACUUAAAUUAAAUAUUUAAUAUGGGUUUCAAAUAUAUGCAGUAAUACUACUGGUAACAAUUUUAAACUUUUUUGAUUAGCAUAAUAUAAUAUACACGGUGUUUCAAAAGUCUUCAUCCGAUUACGAACUGAUAUAGUUCUGCAACGGUUAAUCGCAGGUUAACAAUCAAUGUAUUCUUGGAAAGGUUAGAUAACUAAGUUUAUUUUACGUUAUCUAGUUGAUAAAUUUGGCACCGUAAUGGUUAGUGAACANCUCCGCAACAGAAAGCGUUUUGCGUCCAACGUUUCAAUAAGUGCGAGUCGGCAAUAACCGUUCAACGUGAUUUUCGAAGAACUUAUGGAACUGAAGCUCCUACUGCUCAAAGCAUUCGACGUUGGCACCAAACGUUCCAAGAAAGUCUGUGUGCACAGAAACGCUCAGGUCGACCUCGUACCUCUGACGAAAACAUCGAGCGUGUUCGACAAAGUUUCGUUCGAACUCCACAGAAGUCUACACGUCGUGCAGGACUAGAGCUAGAUCUCCCACAUUCGACCGUUUGGCGUGUUCUACGACGUCGUUUGACAUUGAAGGCAUACCGACUACAACUGUUACGAGUCCUCCUACCGGAAGACAAACAAAAAAGGAUUGAUUUUUGCGAUUUCAUAUCCGAAAAACGAGGAGAAAAUGAGUCAUUUGUCUCACGCAUUGUUUUUUCGGACGAAGCCACAUUUCAUGUAAGUGGAAAAGUCAACCGCCAUAAUGUCAGGAUUUGGGCUUUAGAGCAAUCACACGCAACUGUUGAGCAUCAAAGAGAUUCACCAAAAAUCAAUGUUUUCUGCGCAAUUUCCAGGGAAAAAGUUUACGGUCCAUUUUGUUUGCCGGUGGGGGUCAUAUUGACAUUUGUAACCAAACUAAAUAAAACUUGA